AUGUCUUUGCUGGAUGUGUAUUUGGGGAUGGUCAGCGCCUGGUCAACACAUCAACCCGGAUACUGCCCAAAGCACCAUCUUUGGCCCGCUUUACGGCCACUAGUCAAAAUCCUGAUCAAUCAAUACGACGCACUGUACGAUGCUGAUCAGGCUAUGCAUGCGCCCUUCGACGCUAUAUGCAAUAUUUUAGGGCGUGGCCUCAGGCAUGGUGUUAAAGCUGUGUACGAUGUUUUCCUCGAGUUGCAAUGUCUGAACGUCUUCGGAAGCCACUCCCUCCGUCCAUCGUUGGUCGCUAUUAUUAAUGGAUACGUUGCUGGACUUGUGGCACCGCAUGUAUCGAUUGAUCUCCAGCGACAUUUGGACUACCUCCACGAGCCCGAGAAUCUCUUCUUGGCGUGUUGCAUUUUAAUCACCAAUGGAUGGAAUGCGUACAGUGAAACAGCCUAUUCUUUACUUUUUCCACCACCAACCCGACCAUCGGGAGUGUCUGCGGGGACGUACGAGCACUAG